AUGGCCUUGCAAUAUUCUUCAAAUGAUGCAUCUCUUGCCACCGAGGCUACUGAAUUCUACAAUCACUCUCAGUUAGGAUCAUGCCUUAGCCAUAUGAAGAAACUCUUCUCGACAAAGUCAACAGAUCCGAAGGUUAUUGCCAACAAAGCUCUUGUCGAAUUUAUUCACCAAAAUAAUUUAACACAUUCGGAUGAAUAUCUAGAACAACUGCGAAAAGCUGCGUCACUUGUUGGUUUACCUAUAUCUUCUUCCAUGAAACUAAGUGACCAUAUUCCCUCUCUCACAAGUCCAUCUGAACUUGAUCCUUCCGUUUUCUCAAUUCAUUACAACUAUGCCCUUGUUUUGUUCCAUCAGCGGCGUUUUGGUUUAGCAAAUCGUCUACUUGCUAGUCUCCUUGACAUUUCUGAGCCUGAUGCUACUCCAAAUCAUUUUCAAUUUCCCACAAAAGCAGGGUUGCUAAUUUCGCAAAGAUGCUUACUUCUGUGGUUGGACGUCUGUUUGGCUCUUUAUCGUUAUCAACGCGUAUUCGAUUAUACCUCGUAUUUAAUUCAACAGAUAAAACUUCCUGAAGGCGAAAGUUCCCUGAAUUCAGUUGUUCUCGAAAUGCUCAAAGAGAUCUCUCGCCCACUACGAGUUUUCCGUCUUCGUGCUUGUCUGCAAACUGGCCGGUUAAACGAAGCUCAGGGGGAAAUUAAUAUUUUAGACGAAACUGAAGACCAUCCUGAGGCGAAAAAUAGAUGGAAUGUGUCUAGAAGUUUGGAGUAUUGCCGUGCACAACUCCAGUAUUUAAAGCGAGACCAAAAUGCAGCCAUCGAAAUUCUUACCAAUCUACUUAGUCCUAAGAAAAAUCCUACAGAAUCCCCUUUAAUCCAAAACAACCUCGCCCUAGCCUUCUUUUCCUCUGGACAGGGGGGCUUGGCCAUUCUGCAGUCUCGUUCAGCCCUCCGUUCUACUGAGCAUCUAUCAUCGGAGAACACAGCAAACGGAAUGGAAGAUCUCAUGCGUCGUAUUCCUCUCAAAGCUCUCAGUGCAAGUCGUCAUGUUGAACUCCUUCAUAACAUGGGUUUGGAGUUACUAUUGCAGAACAAAUCUCCCGAGGCAGCCUUUCAUUUUCUUCUUUCAGUGGUCAAGGUCUAUCCUCGCAAUCCAAGACUCUGGCUCAGACUAGCUGAAUGCUGCAUAUUGGUGCAUAGAUCGAGUAAUCUUGUUGAUUGGAGAGCGGAAUCUCGAUCCUCUUGCCUUCAAAAGGUUGUGGGUAGUGGUCCUCUGCGGAAACUCAUUAUUGGUAAUCAAGGGGCUCCUACUAAACUACCACAGUCUACCAAAGAUACUGCAGUGCCACCUAAUGAUACAAACCCGACUAUGGAAUUUGCAGCGCAGUGUAUCCGCAACGCUUAUCUUCUUCUACCACGACCGCCUGCAGAACUAGUAGACCCUUCCCUCGAAAAGGAGGGGAGUGAAACUUUUCUAAAGUGGGCCAAUGAUCAGUCAUGCCCAGCUCGACCGUCAGGUCAGGAUUUGAGUGGUGAAGCUCUUCUACAAGUCAUUUCUGCCGUUCUUGUCACUGGCGCUUACAUAUUUCUCUGUCUGGAUGAUCCCGUAGAAGUUAUCCACUAUGCAGAACAACUACUUUCUGAUGGACCUCCGAAAUCACCUGAUAGCUCUUUCGGAUGGCUUGGACAGUUUGCUCCACCUGCUUAUCGAUAUCUUGCCAAGAUGUACCUAGCUGAAGCUAGGAUCGCUAUGGAUGAAAUUACCGAGGCUGUAGAUUGUCUUUUGUUACCGGAUCGGUUCACGUCCAAAGCACGAAGCCUCAUGUCAGAUACUCUGCGAUUACCGUUCCCUUCGCUGAAUGUAACUUCCUGUCUUUCAACUACUCAAUUUCUACCACAAACUUGUCUGCCAUCGGAAUUACCACUAAUGCAAUCGACUUACUCAAAGGAUUUGAACUUUCCUUUGACUAAUAUCCAAGCUUCUGGUAUUGUUCUUCACAAUAUGGCGGUGUGCUUCAUGCUAAAAGACGAUCAAGCAGAAUCGAGACGUUUACUUGAGCGCUCGUCUGCAUCACUUUUGGUUAAUAUAAAUGAAGUUAAUUCUCCAUCGGCCAUCCAAGACGGAAGUGAGGGGAAUAAACUAAUUCUUUACCCACCAGAGAGCAUGAUGGAUUCUAUUUCAAGUCUUCUUGUUAGACAUCAAUUUCCGAAACAGUUCCUUCGAAAUUGGGUCUAUUUGGAAAUGAAGUCCGGAAGGCCUAAGUUUGCAUCGCAUUUCCUGAGAGCUCAUAUAGGUAAUGAGGCUUUCGGCAAUACCAUUGCUCAAGAAUUUGUUUCGGGGAAGAGCGUAGUCAAAGGAAGGACUUCGCCACCAGUUUCACAUGUUGCUGGUAGCAGCGGUUUGGGCGAUUUUGAACGUAGGCAGCUGACACGUCACUUGUCAAUUAACCAAUUGAAUGAAGCAGCGAGAUUGCAAUCGAUACCUUUGCGAAUUCGGGAUCCACCGCCGUCAUCUGCGACAACUGAAUCGGCCGGUCUUAAAUGGUGUGAAGCGGAUUGGCCACCAUUGUAG